UAAUAUAAAUAUUAGUCAGUUCGUUACUGGACACUUACGUAUAUUUCUUAAUUUUACACUUACAUACCGGAAACCCGGAAUAACAAUUAUUAUACAACUGAAUUUUCUUUCUUUUAAGUUUUGAAAUGUUUAAUAUUACGCCGGAAAUACAGAUAUUGUAUUAUUGUAUCUAGGCAGAUAUAAAAACUCAUGUCAAUCUGUUAUUAUUAUUACGAACAGUUGAUUUCGACUUAAAAUAAAUCAUCACGUCUAAUUAAUAUUUUGAAUUGGUCAGUCUCAAAUUUGGCUCCUCUACAAAAAAUUUGAACUGGUCAAUGAGAGAAUAAAGCAUGGCCGACAAAACUUCACGCGGUAUAACCAAAAAACAAGAAGAGCGUGUACGCCAAAUUCUCUGUCAGUUGGCGAAGGAGUUGGGUAUGGAGCUCUCCACGGUCCCAUCGUUUUUACAAUCACCCCAAGCUGCCCGGAACGCGUCGCUUGUGCAGAUCCUUCGGAAUCCAGCGGCCAGUGUGUUAUACAAUAGAGGCAUGCAGAAUGGUCGCACUGAGAUACUCCAAGAAACAAAGAGAGCCAUUAAUUCCAUCUCUGUAUUUCCCCAACGAGUGCCGCAACAGAAAAUACCAUCUCUGCUUUCGUUUACUGCAUUUGGUUUGGCGCAUACUAAUUUAAACGCACUGGAACGUCAAACGGUUAUCCAAAAUAAUAGGACCGCUAGCACGAGCAGCUCAAGAAUCAUGCAACAUAAAACUGCCGGCAUUAAAAGACAGACUCCCUCUGCCAUACGUCGGAAAGAGAGAAAAUGGCAAGAGUUUUUGGCAAAGAAAUUCAAGACGCAAAUGCAACCAAACGCGAUCGCGAAUGCUUCAACAAAGACUGAGAGGAGUCAAGAUCCAUCGACAGAAGGAAUACAGGCCAUCACUUUGCCACUAUCUACCCCGCUGACAACGAAACCACAGCUAAUCCCGUUACCACCGGUAAUAGAGAAAGUCGUCGAGCAGUCAACUUCAUACCAGCCAUCAGUCCAAAAUGACGUGCCAACAACAAUAAAAAUUGAGGAAGUGACUGUAGAGAAACUAAACCACAAUUUAGAGGAGUUAUAUUCUUGUCCAACUUUAUACCAGCCAUCAGUCCAAAAUGACGCGCCAACAACAAUUAAAAUUGAAGAAGUGACUGUAGAGAAACUAAACCACAAUUUAGAGGAGUUAUAUUCUUGUCCAACUUUAUACCAGCCAUCAGUCCAAAAUGACGUGCCAACAGUAAUAAAAAUUGAGGAAGUGACUGUAGAGGAACUAAACCACAAUUUAGAGGAGUUCUAUUCUUGUCCAACUUCAAGCCACCCAUCAGUCCAAAAUGACGCGCCAACAACAAUUAAAAUUGAAGAAGUGACUGUAGAGAAACUAAACCACAAUUUAGAGGAGUUAUAUUCUUGUCCAACUUUAUACCAGCCAUCAGUCCAAAAUGACGUGCCAACAGUAAUAAAAAUUGAGGAAGUGACUGUAGAGGAACUAAACCACAAUUUAGAGGAGUUCUAUUCUUGUCCAACUUCAAGCCACCCAUCAGUCCAAAAUGACGCGCCAACAACAAUAAAAAUUGAGGAAGUGAAAGUAGAGGAUCUAAACCACAAUUUAGAGGAGUUCCAUUCUUGUCCAACUUCACUUUUCGCGCCAAGGCCUCCUCAUUAACUUUAUAAACCUCUUCCGUAAUAUACAAAGGGUAGAUAAUAUCCUCAUAAGUAUCUUCUCACUAAGGUCCGUUCACAUCUAAUAAGUACAUUUGAACUGUGUCGACUACAUUUCCUGUUUACUUGUGCCACGUUCCUGUAGUGGACCAACAACGUCCCAGGUGAACUCCUGGUUUGUCCCAUGAGUACAGUCACUACCACGGUUUUUGAUCAUUUUCUUAAUUAGAUAAUUAUCUAAUAACAUUUAUUAGAUAAUAGCUUCUUUAAUAGACUAGUGAAUUAUGUCGACAUUUAAAAAAAUAAAGUUUACACUCUUAUUAAAUAUAUAA